UUGCGCCGCCCCUCGCAGGGCAGCGCUUCCGCUUCCCGCCGGUGCGGCGGCCCAGGGGCUGCGCUUCCGCUCCCCUCAGCGGCGGCGGGGGCGGCCAUGGCCAGCUACACCAAGGCGGCCCAGCAAUGGGCUACUUUUGCCAGAGCCUGGUAUCUCCUCGAUGCAAAGAUGCAGCCACCAGGAAAAAUAGCAGCUGCAACUGUAAUGAGACUUGAAGGCAGGCAUAAACCUAUUUAUCAUGCACUAAGUGACUGCGGAGAUCAUGUUGUCAUAAUAAAUACAAGACAUAUUGCCUUCUCUGGUAACAAAUGGGAACAGAAAGUAUAUUCUUCACAUACUGGCUAUCCUGGUGGUUUCAAACAACUGACAGCAACUCAGCUGCACUUAAAGGAUCCAACUGCUAUUGUUAAACUGACUGUUUAUAGAAUGCUUCCAAAAAACCUUCAGAGAAGAACUAUGAUGCAGAGGCUGCACCUGUUCCCAGAUGAUGUUAUUCCAGAAGAUAUACAGAACAAUCUUCUACAAGAGAUUCCUCAGCCACGUGUGGUCCCCAGGAGGUUAGAUGAAUAUACACCAGAAGAAAUUGCUGCGUUUCCGAAGGUUUGGAUUCCACCUAAAGAUUUUCGAAGGAGAUAAUAACAUUAAAUGAAGAAGAAGAAGUGCCAUCAAGAAUGUCUCUCUUCCUUACAAAAGAAUUCUUCUAAUGUGGAAGUACCAGUGCAUCUCAGUCAAUCCUUCUAUGUAGGAUGUUUUUGAUGGGAAAGAUUAUAAAAAUUACUGUAUUUGAAACAGCUAGGAAUAGAUAUUAUAGUUUUAAUACCACCCAUA